CGUCCUCAUCUGGGCAGCUUAUUGUCACGUUGCCGGACCAUCGCGACGGUUAGGUCCGCUCCGGCCCGUCCCGACCCGACCCGAGGCCAGGCCCAGGCCAGGCUCACCGCGGGGCAGAGCCAGGCAGCUCCAGCGCCAGCCCACGAGAGCGCAGCGGAGUGCAGCCAAGACUUCGGGGUGCUUCGCUUGCUUCGCUUGCUUCGCUUGCUUCGCUUGCUUCGCGGUGCGGCCCCAGAGGGCCUGAUGCGUCAACACAGGGGCUGAGGGACGGGCCGACCAGGGCGCCGCCCACACUCCACACCACCCCCCGCGGACAAGCAGCCAAUCUUCUACUCUGAAGUGCAGAGACCGCGAGAUCGCCAGGAUGGAGUUCGAGCCUGCUCUGGAGGCGCUCAGCAAGCGGUUCGGCCGCUUCCACCUCGUCACGCUGUCCCUCAUCUGCAUGACCUACGUCUUCCAGGCCCUCUUUUACCUCUCCUACGUCUUCACCACUCUCCGAUCGGAUCACAGAUGUCACAUCCCGGAGUGCGACCAGGAGCUGUCCGAGAUGGCGCCCUCGUGGCUGCCCAUGGCCGUGCCCCUCGCCGACGGCCUCCCGGACCCUUGCCGCCGCUUCGUGGCGCUCCCCGGCAUCGACGGCGACUCCUGCACCGCGGAGGCCUUCAGCAACCUGACGCAGGAGUGCACGCAGUGGGUGUACCCCAACAAGGAGCUGUCCAUCAUGACGGAGUGGGACCUGACGCCGUGCGCGUCCGGCGGCGACUGGCAGGUCACCCUGGUCGGGACGAUGAACAACAUCGGGCGCGUGCUGGGCCUGCCGCUGUCCGGCUACCUCUCGGACAGGUACGGCCGCAAGACGAUCCUGCUCGCCUCGCUCGCCGUGUCGGGCGUCAUCGGCAUCGCCCGCUCCGUGUCGCCCAGCUACAUGUUCUUCAUCGUGCUCGAGUUCAUCGACCCCAUGUUCUACGACGGCAUGGGUAGCUCGGCCCUCGUCAUGGGCAUGGAGGUGCUGCCCUCCUCGGCGCGCGGCGCGUGGAGCGUCGCGAGUCACGUGGUGUUCGCGCUGGGGCAGGCGCUGCUGGGCGCCGUGGCCUGGGCGCUGCCCUACUGGAGGUGGCUGCUGCGCGCGCUGUACAGCUCGGCCCUGCUCACGCUGCCCUUGUUGUGGCUGUUCCUGCCCGAGUCCAUGCGCUGGUUGGUGUCCAAGGGCCGCGUCCGGGAUGCGCAGAACAUACUCCGGAAGGCGGCCAAGAUGAACCGAUCGGAGUCCACGUGCCAAAUCAACUUCGACAAGGUGGAACUGUCCGGGGUCACCAAGGAGAGCGACGGGUCCGCGGAUGAGAAGCCCGACAUCUCCACCGAGCUGAUGGCGUUGCUCCGCUCCCGCAUUUUAGCCUUCCGCCUCUUCAAUUGCUGCUUCGCAUGGGUCGCCAUCAUGUUCGUCUACGACGGCCUGUCCAUCAACUCGGUGACGAUGGCCGGCAACCGAUACCUCAACUUCAUCCUGGUCGUGCUCAUCGAGAUCCCCGGCGCGCUCGUCACGGCCAAGAUGAUGACGCUGUUCGGACGGCGGCUCAGCCUCAGUGGCUCCUUCAUCCUGGCGGCGUUCUGCUGCUUUGCCUUCCACUUCCUCCCCGCGGACGUGCCCUGGCCUCGGACGGCCGCCGUGCUGCUGGCCAAGCUGUGCGUCACCAUCUCGUUCACCGUCAUCUACGUGCUGUCCACGGAGCUGUUCCCGACCAGCGUGCGCGCCACGCUGUUCGCCACGUGCGCCACGAUGGGGCGCAUGGGCUCGGUGCUGGCGCCGCAGACCCCGCAGCUGGGGCGCCUGCUGGACGCGCUGCCCAUGCUGGUGUUCGGUGGCGCGGCCAUGGUGAGCGGGCUGCUCGCCCUCACCUUCCCGGACAUGGGCGACGAGGCCCUGCCCGACACGAUCGCCGAGGCCGAGGCCCUGGGCCGCAAGUCCAUGAGGCGGCGUAAGACCUCCUCCGUGGCGCCGGCCCCGGCCCCGGCCCCGGCCUUGACCCAGACCCAGACCCCGGUCGAGGUUGCCCUGACCAUCCCCGAGGCGUUCGUCACGCACCUCUAGUCACGCACCGCCAAGGUCGGCUCGACGAGCACGGCCUCAGACACUUGACGCUCCCCUAAAAGACUUGUUCAGUGUCGUCGGCGCUAGUGAAUGCUCUUUUAAAUUUUGGAGUGAAAUGAUCUCAUUUUUGGCGUCGUGUCUUUUUGUGAGUAUUUAGUCUUCUUUCCUAGGGGGCUAUUGCCUUUGGAAACCAACGGCGAAAACUCAAGAAAAAGCAAUUUGUCGACCCACGCCAAAAUUUGAACGUGCAUUAUAGAAACCACAAAAUGUGAUCAAUCUCGAUGGUCCUAGAAGGACUUUUGUGACAGCGCAUGUCUUAAUUAUUUCUAGAAUAAAUAAUAUCGCCUACUUUA